AUGACACCUACAACAAAAAUAAACAUCUCAGCAUUCAAGGGGGUUGCAAUCACCUGGCUGCGCUGUCUGAUUUCUGCUGCCACCCUCCGCAUUGGAGUUCCCUGUAACGUGAAGGACCUCAGCGGGUUUAACUCAGUAGACCUGCAGCUUGAAGGUGCAGGAUGGCACAGUAUGUCUCUCCCACAAUUCAAGAAAAUCCUUGCUUGCAUUGCCUCUAAGGCAAUGCAAGCAAAUGAGAUUGAGAAGGAUGGUGGGCUCAUGAAGUUUGCCUGCAUCCCUGCAGGUUGGCCAAGCAACCUCAAAGACUGGGCAAAGGCACCCACUAGGAUCAAGGCAAGCAAGGGUAACAGCACCCAAGACCAAGCAGGUGACACAGGAGAGGUGGGCAAUGCAGAUGCAGGCAACACAAAGAGCAUUUGUGGCCAGUCCAGGCAAGGCAACAUGGACAGCAAUGAUGCAAGUGGCUGCAGCAUAGUGGCAACAGGGCAGUUGGAAAGGCAGGAAGAGCAGGAAGAGCAGGAAGUGGAAGCUGAACUAGAGAUCCCUCAGUGGCCAGACCAGGAGCAUCAGGAGAUGCAUGGGGAGCAGAGGAGCAGGAAGUGGCAGAGGAGGCAGCUGGACAACCAGUUGGUCUUGCUGCUGUGCCCCUGA